UCUCCGCUUGCUUUCCUUGAUGGUUCAAUAAGACAAUAACGCCGUGACAGGUCCUCUCAUUCCCACCAAACACUUUGAAGGAAAAAAGACACGWACCAAGGGGAACCAACAUACAUUUAUUUAUUUAAUAUUACUUACAUUUUCGUUUUGAAUUGUCUUAUAUGCUUUCUAAGAGCAUCAAUCUAGUCGUAUUUUCUCUGAGAUGGAAAUGAGAUGUCGCCCAACAACGGUAAUGUGCUGUGCUUUUGUGGUGCUGUUCUCCAUCGCUCGUUCCGUGGAUGCUUCAUUCGGGGACAGACAGUACCUCAACGAAUGGGCGGUGGAGAUUCCGGGAGGACCGGACGCCGCCAGGUCCAUCGCCAAAGAACUGGACUACCGACUAGUCCGCCAGAUUGGGACGCUAGAAAACCAUUACUUGUUCAAACACCAGACUCAUCCUAGCAGGACGAAACGAAGUGCCGAUCACAUCACCAAACGCCUGUCUGAGGAUGAUCGGGUAUCGUGGGCGGAGCAACAGUAUGAGAAGCAGCGCAGUAAGCGGGCGUCGCUGGGAUCAUGCCGGGACUGUCCAGUGGACAAGCUGUUCGAUGACCCCAUGUGGAACCAGCAGUGGUACCUGCAAGACACUCGGACGUCGUCCUCCCUGCCCAAGCUGGACCUCCACGUAAUUCCUGUGUGGAAGAAAGGGAUCACAGGGAAAGGAGUGGUCAUCACCGUGCUGGAUGACGGUCUGGAGUGGAACCACACCGACAUCUACCCCAACUACGACGCAGCAGCCAGCUACGAUUUCAAUGACAACGACCCUGACCCCUUCCCCAGAUACGACUCCACCAAUGAGAACAAGCAUGGAACCAGGUGUGCCGGUGAGAUCGCCAUGCAGGCAGAUAACAAUAAAUGUGGAGUUGGGGUGGCGUACAACUCCAAGGUUGGAGGGAUCCGCAUGUUGGACGGUAUCGUGACGGACGCCAUCGAGGCCAGUUCUAUUGGCUUCAACCCAGACCAUGUGGACAUCUACAGUGCCAGCUGGGGACCCAACGACGAUGGCAAGACGGUGGAGGGCCCCGGUCGCCUGGCGUCAAAGGCCUUUGAGUACGGCAUCCAGAAGGGCCGCGGCGGGAAGGGCUCCAUCUUUGUGUGGGCAUCGGGGAACGGGGGCCGUCAGGGGGACAACUGCGACUGUGACGGCUACACGGACAGCAUCUACACCAUCUCCAUCAGCAGUGCCUCCCAGCAGGGCCUGUCUCCCUGGUACGCCGAGAAGUGCUCCUCCACCCUGGCCACCGCUUACAGCAGCGGAGACUACACCGACCAGAGAAUAACCAGUGCUGAUUUGCAUAACGAAUGCACCGAGACGCACACGGGAACCUCCGCCUCCGCCCCACUGGCUGCUGGGAUAUUUGCCCUGUCGCUGGAACAGAACCCUGAGCUAACAUGGAGGGAUCUGCAGCACUUGGUGGUAUGGACUUCCGAGUUCGACCCGCUGGCCAACAAUCCUGGCUGGAAGAGGAACGGGGCAGGCCUGAUGGUCAACAGUCGUUUUGGAUUUGGCCUGCUCAACGCUAAGGCCCUGGUGGACCUGGCCGACCCGGCCACCUGGAAGCAUGUCCCCGAGAAGAAGCAGUGCAUCGUCAGGGACGACUCCUUCCAGCCCAGGGCAUUGAAAGCAGCAGGGGAAAUCACCAUUGAGAUCCCCACCAAGGCCUGUGCCGGCCAGGACAACGCUGUCCUCUCACUGGAGCAUGUGCAAGUGGAGGCCAGCAUCGAGUACACCAGGAGAGGAGACCUACACAUCACACUCACUUCCCCAUCAGGCACCAGCACAGUCCUGCUGGCGGAGAGAGAGAGGGACACGUCAUCUAACGGCUUUAGGAACUGGGACUUCAUGUCAGUUCACACAUGGGGAGAGGACCCCACUGGCACCUGGACCCUUAAGAUUACUGACACAUCGGGGCGAAUGGAGAACGAAGGUCAGAUCCUGAGCUGGAAGCUUAUUCUCCACGGCACGUCAGAAAAGCCUGAGCACAUGAAGAAACCCAGAGUGUACGUCCCCUACAACGCUGUCCAGAAUGACCGUAGAGGAGUGGAGCACAUGGAUGACAUGAUAGAGGAGCUGCCCACCCAGGCUGAGAUUCACCCACCACAGAAGACCCAGCCCCCUCCUCCUGCCACCCCUGAGAGGAAGGAGACAAGACCCUCCUCCUUCCCCCCCUCCCUGGCCCUUCUGCGUCUCCUCCAGACGGCCUUCAACAGACAGACCCCAGCCGCCCUGCCCCAGGCCUCUAACUGGGGAGAGCAGCACACGGGCAGGGCCCCCUCCCUUCCAUGGGGAGCAGGCCCUCACAUCGCUCCACAGAAGCUGUACCAGGCCCUGGACAGGAUCAACCAGUACCAGCUGGGCGGCCAGGACAACAGCCUGUAUAGCGACUACAGCGACGGCUUUUACAGCACCAAGCCCUACAGACACAGAGAUGACCGGCUGCUCCAGGCGCUCUUCGACAUGCUCUCUGACGACAGGCAGUGAGGAGGGAGGAGAUGGGAGGAGAGUGGGUAAGGCAAGGGGGAAGUCCAGUCCUGCAGGGCUGCAGUGUGUGCAGGCUUUUGUUCUAGCUUAACAGAUCCGGCCCCCGAAUCCUAACUCGAGUCGAAUUAGGAUUCGGGGCCAAAUGAACACACCCGAUUUAACUAAACACGGUCUACAUUGAAGACCUCCUUCGUUGACUACCGGUAGGUGAAUCAGGUGUGUAAGUGCUGGGCUAGAGCCUGCACAGCCCUGCCGUUCUCCUUGMUCAAGAUUGGCCACCCAUGGGGUAAGGGGUGAGAGAGAAAAUGUGAGGAGGCGGGGGCUGGGCAUUGAAGGAGCAAGCGAGGGAGGGGGAGYGUGAAAGCCAGAUAGAAACUCUUCCAGCCAAUUGUGAUGUUGUUUUUCCAAAACGCUACUUUUCUUUCCUUGCAGCAUUCUAGCCUGUCUGUCUGUAGUUUUGUCUUUCAUUCUGUACAGUUGUAGGUCGGUUGCAUCUCAAUACCCACAAGUGGCUUCCUUUCCUCCUCCUCCUUCCUUUCCUCCUCCUCCCCCRUCCUCCUGAUGUAUUGAAGUCUAGCUAACCCAUAGACCACAGACCUCUGUCAUAUUGCUUCAGUCUUUUCAGAUCAAUAUGCAUGAAGGAAAGGAGACAAGGAAAGGGAACCCCCGUAGCGUAUUUAAAUGAAUCUGYGAUUGCAUUCCACCCCUCCUCCAGCCAUCUAUCCYCCUCAGAAUGGYUCCCAAUAGUCUUAAAGUGACAGGUAACAUCAAAGUCAACGUUCAUCCAAUGUUUUCAGCCCUCAAAAGUGGUCUGAUGUCAGGAUGAGUCCAGGCCCCACGACAUCUGUUUUGUAGAUCCAGCUGUAUUAACUCAAAUUAAUGAAAAACAUAGCCACUGCGCUGCUAAAUGAAUAGUGGGGAAAUGSUGCUCUAUUUACCACCUUUACCUGUCAGUGGCAUUGAAAGUAAGGAGACGAGAGAAGGAGAAAGAGAUGAGGAAAGGAUGUUUUUAAGACUUUUGGGACACAGCCCUAUUCUCCUUUCACUGCACUACCUGCUUGAGCAUGCUAUACCUUUAGAAUGUCAUGUUCAUAAUUGUAUUAUGCCUGACACUAUUAUCUAUAUAUUAUACAAAGACAAUGAAUGUAAUGUUGUUUUUACACUGAACAAAAAUAUAAGCGCAACAUGCAACAAUUUCUA